CAAUUCCUCAUGCAACUCAACCAUUUCUUUAUAGAUUAUGUAAACGUAAUUUAAUAGUUUCGUACUUUUUAUUUUUUUUUGAAUGGUUAAUAGUUUCCUACUGACUUGAAUAUAUUUUUCCUAAUGAUAUAUUUGUAGAUUUUCGAAAGCAAGGAAAGUUGGAUUGGUUAAGGCGUUACAAAAUUAUUAAUGGGGUUGCUCGGGGGAUUCUUUAUCUUCAUGAAGAUUCUAGAGUCAGAAUUAUACAUCGCGAUCUUAAAUCUAGCAACAUAUUGUUAGAUAAAGAAAUGAAUCCAAAAAUUUCAGACUUCGGAUUGGCAAAAAUUUUUGGGGUUGACCAAACUCAGGGGAAUACCAGUCGGAUUGUUGGGACAUAUGGUUACAUGUCUCCAGAAUAUGCAUUUUACGGACAAUUCUCUAUGAAGUCCGAUGUUUACAGUUUUGGUGUCUUAAUUUUGGAGAUUAUAACUGGCAAAAAGAAUAACAGUUUCCUUCAAUCAGAGGGUGCCAUGGAUCUCCUGAGCUAUGCAUGGAAACAUUGGACGGAUGGGACAAUAUUGGAGAUGUUGGAUCCGAGCCUUGGAAAUUCUUAUUCGAGAAAUGAAGUACUCAGAUGUAUCCAUAUUGGCUUACUUUGUGUAGAGGAAGAUCCAGCAGACAGACCCACCAUGGCAAAAAUAGUUCUCAUGUUAAGCAGUUACUCUGUCUCGUUGGCAUUACCUCGAAAGCCAGCUUUUUUCCCUCAAACUCAAAUUGACCGAGACAUGCCUUCAAUUGGGGUCGAAUCCGAUAAAUCUACAAGCAAGUCCAAGUCAGCUACUUUGAAUACCAUGUCCAUUUCUGAAAUUUUUCCUCGGUAGAGUUAAUUUGUCAUUCAAGGAAUUGUCCGAUUCGAUGAAUGGUUGCAAGCGUUAUUGCCACGGGAGCUUUUAGCUCUUCCAGGGGAAUUCUUUGUAUCAUUCCUCUUUUACCCUCUUUUUAAAAGCUAAAAGAUAAUUGUCUUUUUUCUAAUUUCUCAUUCAUUUAAAAAUAAUAUACUGGCUGCAAUGCUUAGAAGAACUAUUUGAAUCGCGGAUCUUGUUCUUCCUCAAGAGCUUUAUCUGCUUACUCGA